GGGAGAGCAGUAUGGCCAGCCGACGCGCUAAAAGGCUAAAAAUAACCACCUCCAAUAUAUGCUGUGUGGUUACUGUCUCCAAAACCCAGGCGACCGAAUGAAACCGCGUCAAUAAGGACACUUCUCUGAGGCUUCUCUGGACCAAUAAGGUGGCAUGGCUGGCUUGUCGUUCUGUGGCAACAAUGUGACCAAGAAUGCCUACAAUGUGGAUACGGGGAUGUUGAACAAUGGCUGCUUCGUGGACGCCCUCAACCUGGUCCCUCACGUCUUCCUGCUCUUCAUCACCUUCCCCAUCCUCUUCAUUGGCUGGGGCAGUCAGAGCUCUAAGGUUCAAAUCCACCAUAACACCUGGCUCCACUUCCCUGGACACAACCUGCGCUGGAUCCUCACAUUCACUCUGCUGUUUGUCCACGUCUGUGAGAUCGCUGAGGGAAUCGUCUCCAACAAACAGAUGGACACCAACCACCUCCACCUCUUCAUGCCAGCGUUUAUGGGGUUCAUAGCAGCCACUACAUCUGUGGUGUACUACCACAACAUAGAAACAUCCAACUUCCCCAAACUACUGCUGGCUCUGUUUAUCUACUGGGUUCUGGCGUUCAUCACCAAGUCCAUCAAGCUGUGGAAGUUUGCAGAGUACGGUGUUGGAGUGCUGCACCUGAGGUUCUGUAUCACAGCCCUGCUGGUCGUUCUGUACGGACUCCUCAUGGCUGUAGAGAUCAACGUCAUCAGGGUCAGGAGGUACGUGUUCUUCGCCAACCCCCAGAAGGUAAAGCCUCCAGAGGACCUUCAGGACCUGGGAGUGAGGUUCCUCCAGCCCUUCGUCAACCUCCUCUCCAAGGCCACAUACUGGUGGAUGAACCCCCUGAUUAUAGGAGCCCAUAAAAGACCCAUUGAGCUGAAGAAGAUAGGCAAGCUCCCCAUCGCCAUGAGAGCCCUCACCAACUACCUGAAGCUCAAAGACGCCUACGAGGAUCAGAGGCAGAAUGCCGAGGACCCAGAGAAGGCUCCAUCCAUCUGGCGUUCUAUGUACCGGGCGUUUGGCCGACCCAUCCUCCUCAGCAGUACCUUCCGUUACCUGGCGGAUCUGCUGGGCUUCGCCGGGCCGCUCUGCAUCUAUGGCAUCGUCGAACAUCUCAACAAAAAGCCCGUCAAGGAAGGGAGUGUGGUCCCCUAUUUCGAGGUCUACUUUAUGUCGUCCAACGAGCUGCUCCAGAAUACGUCAGUGCUGGCUGUUCUGCUGUUCCUGGCCCUGGUGCUACAGCGGACCUUCCUACAGGCCUCCUACUAUGUCACCAUAGAGACCGGCAUCAACCUCCGUGGAGCCCUGCUGGCGAUGAUCUACAACAAGAUCCUGCGUCUGUCCACCUCUAACAUGUCCAUGGGAGAGAUGACCCUGGGCCAGAUCAACAACCUGGUUGCCAUAGAAACCAACCAGCUCAUGUGGUUCCUCUUCCUGUGUCCCAACCUCUGGGCCAUGCCAGUGCAGAUUGUGAUGGGCGUGAUCCUGCUGUACUACCUGCUGGGGACCAGUGCUCUGAUUGGAGCUUCAGUCAUCGUGCUGCUGGCUCCAGUCCAAUACCUGAUCGCUACCAAGCUGGCUGACACCCAGAAGAGCACCCUGGACCAGUCUACGGAGCGUCUGAAGAAGACCACAGAGAUUCUGAAGGGGAUCAAGCUGCUGAAGCUGUACGCCUGGGAGAACAUCUUCUGUGACAGUGUAGAAGAUACCAGGGGCAAGGAGCUCACUAGCCUCCGCACCUUCGCCCUCUACACCUCCAUGUCUAUUUUCAUGAAUGCUGCUAUCCCCAUCGCUGCUGUGCUUGUGACGUUUGUCAGCCACGCCCUGAUCAACAAGUCCAAACCCAGCUCCUCGGAGGCCUUCGCUGCUCUGGCCCUCUUCCACAUCCUGGUUACCCCACUGUUCCUGCUCUCCACCGUGGUCCGCUUCGCAGUCAAGGCCAUGGUCAGCGUCCAGAAGCUGGGUGAGUUCCUGCAGAGCGAUGAGAUUGGCGAUGACAGCUGGAGGAACGGAGACAUGUCUGUGUCCCUAGAGGCCUGUAAGAAACACCCUGGGGCGACCAAGGCUAUAAACAGGAAGCAGCCCCUGCUCUACCAGAUGGACAGCUAUGAGCAGCCAGCACGCAGACCACUGCGACCCAACGAGACUGAGGACGUGGCUGUCAAGGUGAACAGGGGAUUCUUCACAUGGGGAAGCAACUUGUCAACGUUGUCCGACAUCAACAUCUGCAUUCCAACAGGUCAGCUGACCAUGAUCGUGGGCCAGGUGGGUUGUGGGAAGUCGUCCCUGUUGCUGGCCAUGCUGGGAGAGAUGCAGACCCUCAGUGGAAAGGUCUACUGGAGCAAUAAGAACAGGUACUCUGUGGGCUACGCUACCCAGAAGUCUUGGCUGCUGAAUGCCACCGUGGAGGAUAACAUCACGUUUGGCAGUCCCUUCAACAAACAGAGAUACAAGACUGUGAUUGACGCCUGCUCCCUGCAGCCUGAUGUAGACCUCCUGCCCUUCGGAGACCAGACGGAGAUCGGAGAGAGGGGCAUCAACCUGAGUGGAGGCCAGAGACAGAGGAUAUGUGUGGCUCGGGCUCUCUACCAGAACACCAACAUAGUCUUCCUGGAUGACCCGUUCUCAGCACUGGACAUCCACCUGAGUGACCACCUGAUGCAGGAGGGCAUCCUGAAGUUCCUACAGGAUGAUAAACGCACCGUGGUCCUGGUCACACACAAACUGCAGUACCUCAUCCACGCUGACUGGAUCAUAGCCAUGAAGGAUGGCUCAGUGCUGAGGGAAGGCACUCUGAAGGACAUUCAGACUCAUGAUGUAGAGCUGUAUGAACACUGGAAGACCCUGAUGAACAGACAGGACCAGGAACUAGAGAAGGACACUGAGAUUGAUAACUGUCAGACUGCUCUGGAGAGGAAGACCCUGAGAAGAGCUUUCUACUCCAGAGAGGCCAAGAACCAGGUCGACGAUGACGAAGAAGAGGAGGAAGAGGAGGAGGAAGAUGACGACAACAUGUCGAUGACCACCAGUCGGCGCUCUAAGAUCCCGUGGAGGGUGUGCUGGCAGUACCUGUCCUCUGGUGGCUUCCUCAUGGUCUUCCUCAUGGUCUUCUCCAAGCUGCUGAAACACUCCGUCAUGGUCGCCAUCGACUACUGGCUGGCCGAAUGGACUGCUAAAGGCAAUGCCCCAGUCAAUGGGACUGCUAAUAGCGAUGUCCCAGUCAAUGGGACUGCUUAUGACGAUGCUAAUGGAUAUGCCCCAGACUUUGGAAAUGUUACAAGAGACUUUGUCAAUGCCUCUGCAGCAGCUGUCUUCUCCAAUCAGACAAACUCAGCGGCUGGUCUGCCUGACUCCUACUAUGUGCCAGUGUUUAUCAUCCUGUGUGGAGCGGGGAUAGCCCUGUGUCUGAUCACCUCUCUGACUGUGGAGUUCCUGGGUCUGUCUGCUGCUACCAACCUGCACCACAACCUGCUCAACAAGAUCAUCCACGCACCUAUCAGAUUCUUUGACGUGACCCCCUUGGGCCAGAUCCUGAACCGUUUCUCAGCUGACACCAACAUCAUAGAUCAGCACAUCCCUCCUACCCUGGAGUCUUUGACCCGCUCCACUCUGCUCUGCCUGUCAGCCAUCGGGGUCAUAGCGUUCGUCACCCCAAGCUUCCUCAUCGCUCUGGUUCCUCUGGCUGUGUCCUUCUACUUUAUACAGAAGUACUUCCGGGUCGCCUCAAAGGACCUUCAGGACUUAGAUGACUCCACCCAGCUUCCUCUGCUCUGCCACUUCUCUGAGACUGCAGAGGGACUCACCACCAUCCGAGCAUUCAGACAUGAAUCUCGAUUCAAGCAGAAGAUGCUGGAGCUGACAGAUACCAACAACACAGCCUACCUGUUCCUCUCUGCUGCCAACCGCUGGUUGGAGGUCAGAACGGACUACCUGGGUGCUGGCAUUGUGUUAACAGCAGCAGUAGCCUCAAUAUGGAGCUCUGGCAAGAACCUUCCCUCUAGCAUGGUGGGGUUAGGCCUGACCUACGCCCUUACAGUGACCAACUACCUGAACUGGGUGGUGAGGAACCUGGCUGACUUAGAGGUCCAGAUGGCUGCUGUCAAGAAGGUCAACAGCUUCCUGAGUACAGAGUCUGAGAACUACGAAGGCUCCAUGGAUACCUCCCAGGUCCCUGAGGACUGGCCCCAGCACGGUGAGAUAAAGAUCCAGGAUCUGUGUGUCCGGUACGACCCCCUUCUGAAGCCUGUCCUCAAACACGUUAAUGCCUACAUCAACCCCGGACAGAAGGUGGGUAUCUGUGGACGCACAGGAAGUGGAAAGUCCUCCCUCUCUCUGGCCUUCUUCAAUAUGGUCGACGUGUUUGAAGGGCGGAUCAUCAUUGAUGGUAUAGACAUCUGUAAGCUGCCCCUCCAGACCCUGAGGUCUCGUCUGUCCAUCAUCCUCCAGGACCCGGUGCUGUUCAGCGGAUCCAUCCGGUUUAACCUGGACCCAGAGCGUACCUGUACUGAUGACAGACUGUGGGAGGCGCUAGAAAUCGCCCAGCUGAAGAACAUGGUCAAAGCCCUUUCUGGGGGACUGGACGCGGUGGUGACAGAGGGAGGGGAGAACUUCAGUGUAGGUCAGAGGCAGUUGUUCUGUCUGGCCAGAGCCUUCGUCAGGAAGAGCUCCAUCCUCAUUAUGGACGAAGCCACCGCAUCCAUCGACAUGGCAACGGAGAAUGUCUUACAGAAGGUGGUGAUGACAGCCUUUGCCGACCGAACAGUCGUCACUAUUGCACACCUGGUGUCCUCCAUCUUGGAGGCUGAACAGGUGCUGGUGUUCUCCGCGGGGCAGCUAGUGGAGUGUGACUCUGCAGUCAACCUGCUAGCACAGCAGGACAGCCUCUUCAGUGUCUUACAUCGUGUCCACACCAUCCUGGAAGCUGACCUGGUGAUCGUGAUGAAGCGAGGGAACAUCUUAGAGAUCGACAAACCAGAGACCCUGCUGGAGAAUGAGGACGGCAUGUUCGCUUCCUUCGUCAGGGCUGACAUGUAGGCUCACACACUGUCAGCCAGAACACCAUCAGUCUAUCUAUCAAUUAAUCAGUCGCCUCAGUGUUUCCCACAAUGCUUAGGUGGGGCGCAGAGUUCGGGAUAUUAUUACCAUUAUUUACUGAAGCUCAUACUGUAGGUUUUAGACAGUGGAAAUGGAGCCAGGCCGGUUGACCACCUCCACUUGGUAAUGGUAGGGGAAACACUGCUUCCCAAAGCACCACUGAUGGCCUUCUUGUGUUGAUUAUUGGUAAUGUAUUAGUUAUUGAGUGAUUGAUUGAAUGAGUGACCUAUUAACUUGGUCGUGUAAGGAUCACAAUCGGUCGUUAAAUAUUCUUACAAUUUUACAAAGCUUUACUUAAAUGUUUUAUGUUUAAAUGAUAUUUUUUGUUACACUUAUUACUAGAUGAUGUAUGUAUAUGUAUAUAUUUUACACCAUUAUUCAUAGGUAAGCAAUAAGCAGGUAUACUGUAGUAUUACUACAUUGGUACGAACACUGUAGGGUAUAUCGCUGGAGCAUUUUUAGCCCGGUGACCCUUUGUCUGUCUGAUGAGAUGCUGACUGAACCAUGGGACUGUGGACAUUUAGUGGUCACUGACUCCUCUUUGCAAAAGGACAACUUUCACCCAAUGGGUGUUCUCUAAAGGACUGAAUCUUAAUGUGAGAUGUGCAGGCCUAACUUCAACUUAUACACAACUGGUGUACUGUAAACCAUACAUUCAUGUCAAGAUGUAUGUGAAAACUUGGAGUUACGCAUGUGGGUGUUAAGUUAAGAGAAGGGAAGAUUAAGGGAAGAUUCCGCUUUCUUCUACCUACCAUAAGCCAGGCCAGCGUUUGUUUCUGGCUGGUGUAAUUGGUAAGGAAAGUGGUUUAUAUUUUCAGUAUUAAACCUGGUUUCUGGGGAGCUGUGCCACUGUCCCACUGUCCCACUGUAGUACCUGAAUAUUUAUAGUUCUUUUGCAUAUCGAACAAUGAGAAUUUUAUAUUGACUUUAUAUUGACUUCUUUGUAUUGUAUUAUAGCAUGAAUGCCAAACUGAUUAUUGUAAGGUACACUUUGAAGAAUGUCAGUAUCUGUUUUUACCACCAUACUGCUGUGUUUUGUUUGUCAGUGUAAAGCGGUUUCUCAUCUCAAGAAAUUUGUUUUUAAUUCAUUCUUAUUCAAUCCCAAACUCCUGACCCAGAAUUCCUGCCCUACUUUCCUUACACAUGUGUGGGAUGUUUUCCCACUCAUGUUUUCAACUUAAGACGCCCUCUCUAUAAUCUAUGAAUGGGUAGGCGUCUUCUAGCCUGGUUGAACAAGACAGAACCAUUGUUUCGUUUAGCUUGGAUUCCAGGCUAGGUGUCUCCCCUCAACCUCCAUACUCUCCAUUGUAUACAUUAUAAGUGAGUAGCAGCUAAGUAUAUUUAAUGUAGCUUCUGCUGUGGCAGGGGGUCCAUGUAAAGGCCAAAGGUCAACAACAUGGCCCCUAUAGUGUGGCUGCUAUCCUUCACCAGAGUUGUCUUUUUAUGGGCAAGCAGCACUUUGGAGUCAGUCUGUCAGAAAGCGUGGAGACACAACACUCACCCCUUUCUAGAACAAUGACAUCAUGAGAGCAGAAUGACUAUAGAUAUAGAGCACUGAUAUACAGUUGAAGUCGGAAGUUUACAUACACUUUAGCCAAAUACAUUUAAACUCAGUUUUUCACAAUUCCUGACAUUUAAUCCUAGU